AUGCCCCGCAUAGAUGCGGACCUCAAGCUUGACUUCAAGGAUGUUCUGUUGCGACCCAAGCGGAGCAGUCUCAAGAGCCGAUCCGAGGUUGAUCUUGAGCGAACCUUCACAUUUCGAAACUCGAGGCAGACCUACUCAGGGAUCCCCAUCAUUGUGGCCAACAUGGACACUGUGGGGACGUUUGAGAUGGCAGUGGUGAUGUCACAGCACUGCAUGUUUACAGCCAUUCAUAAGCAUUACUCCCUGGAUGACUGGAAGCUUUUUGCCAAGAAGCACCCAGAAUGCCUGAAGCAUGUUGCAGUGAGUUCGGGCAGCGGGCAGAAUGAUUUGGAAAAGAUGAGCAAUGUCCUGGAAGCUGUGCCUCAGGUCAAGUUCAUUUGCCUAGAUGUGGCCAAUGGGUAUUCGGAACAUUUUGUGGAGUUUGUGAAACUUGUCCGAGCCAAAUUUCCAGAACAUACCAUCAUGGCUGGGAACGUGGUGACGGGAGAGAUGGUAGAAGAGCUUAUCCUUUCUGGAGCAGAUAUCAUCAAAGUGGGAGUUGGGCCAGGUUCUGUGUGCACCACCCGCACCAAGACGGGUGUAGGUUACCCCCAGCUGAGUGCAGUGAUCGAGUGUGCUGACUCUGCCCAUGGCCUGAAGGGCCACAUCAUCUCCGAUGGAGGCUGCACGUGUCCGGGAGAUGUCGCCAAAGCCUUUGGUGCUGGAGCAGAUUUUGUCAUGCUGGGAGGGAUGUUUUCUGGCCAUACUGAGUGUGCUGGAGAAGUGAUUGAGAGGAACGGCCAGAAACUCAAGCUCUUCUAUGGGAUGAGCUCCGACACGGCAAUGAAGAAACACGCAGGAGGAGUUGCUGAAUACAGAGCCUCAGAGGGCAAGACUGUGGAAGUGCCUUACAAAGGAGAUGUAGAAAACACAAUCCUGGAUAUUCUCGGGGGACUGAGGUCAACUUGUACGUAUGUGGGAGCCGCCAAACUCAAAGAACUCAGCAGGAGGGCAACGUUCAUCCGUGUGACCCAGCAGCACAACACGGUGUUCAGUUAA